AUGACAGGCACAGACACAGGCACAUCCUCAGAGAUCCCGCGUGGCCACCUCAUCGUCUUCGAAGGCCUCGAUCGCUCAGGCAAAUCCACCCAAUGCGCCCGCUUAGCACAACAUCUCCAAUCUCGGGCUCAUAAAGUCCACGCUCAUCGCUUUCCCGACCGUACUACUUCCAUAGGCCAAAUGAUCAACUCCUACCUCUCCGGCUCCUCCUCCCAAGAAGACCAUGCCAUCCAUCUGCUCUUUUCGGCAAAUCGAUGGGAGGCGGCAGAACGCAUAAAGGAACUAAUCAACUCUGGCACAACGGUUGUUAUCGAUCGGUACUAUUAUUCAGGCUGUGUUUAUUCAGCCGCCAAGCAGAACCCAACUAUGGACCUGGCUUGGUGUAGACAUAUGGAAGUAGGACUGCCGAGACCCGAUUUGUGCUUGUUCUUGGACAUUAGCACCGAGCUUGCCGCAAAGAGAGGUGGAUUUGGGACAGAGCGUUAUGAAAAGCAGGAAAUGCAGGAUCGCGUAAGGGAAUUAUUCCGAGAGAUGCAAACGCACGAAGACGAGAAGGAGGAUAUUGUGAGAAUCGAUGCAGGUGCAUCUAUGGAAGAGGUGGAGAAAAUGAUACAGAAGACAGUGCAAGAGAAAUUGGGAAGCAAGAGUCAGCUUGGACCAUUGAGGUACAUUCGACCUUGGUGA